UCCGAGGCUGUUCGCAUCCGCGCGCGUCCGUCCAGCGAUGGCCUCUUCGGUGGACAGCUUAACCUGGAGGAUUUACUCGACACUGCGAUUGCGUUGCUACCAGCGGACGCGUACGCGCUACUCCUUAUCGUCGACCACGAUUUGUACGAAGAGGAAGACAUCGAUUUCUGCUGCGGACGCGCCUACGGCGGGAGUCGGGUGGCUGUUGUCUCGUCAGCUCGCUAUAGCCCUGCGCUAGACACGGUUCAAGGAGUCGAAGUGGAGCACGCUUGGCCGGUAUCACACUGCCAGGCGUACGUUGAUACGUGUGUGAGAAAUGCUGACAGCGGUGGAGGACCGUCGAGGAAGAAAGCGAAAACUGCAGUGAGGAAGGGAACAACAGUAGCGCACUUGUCCUCAGCGAUGCAGGCUGCUGUCACAGCGUCCACGUCCGCCCCCGCAUCCGCUCAAUCCGAUGGCGCUUUGUGGCUGGCUCGAGUUUGCCGAACGGCGUCACACGAGCUUGGACACUGCUUCGGGAUGGAUCACUGCGUCUACUACGCUUGCUCCAUGCAGGGGUCGGCUGGAUUAAGCGAGGACGCGCGACAGCCUCCGUACCUCUGCCCUGUAGACCUUGCCAAACUGUUGCAUGCUACUGGCGCAGACUCGACCGUGCGCUACGGGGCAUUGCUCAAGUUUUGUCAGCGCUUCGAGGACCAAGACCGAACGUUUGCAGCCUUUUCCGCCUGGUUGAGGUAUAAACUACCGGAAGGAUCGAGUGAAUGA